GGCAGCGUGUUUCUGAUCCUCGAUUCCACGGAGAAGGGAAUGGAAGAGAGCCGGAGCGUCCCGUCGGGAUCGGGCGCCGACCCGGUGCGCAGCUUCGAGCGCUGGAAGAACAGAUACGCCAAGCGCAAAGACAAGCUGCGGCAGCGGCGUAAGCAAAAGAAACCGGAGUGGGAAGUGGAGAGGGAGACGAUCGCCGCCUUGGAAAAGCGCUUCUCGGAGAUAAAUACAAAUGAAGUUACAAGAUUUUCUGAUUUCCCAAUAUCCAGGAAAACUUUGAAAGGCUUACAGGAAGCUCAGUAUCGCAUGGUGACUGAAAUCCAGAAGCAGACCAUAGGUUUGGCCUUGCAGGGUAAAGAUGUUCUGGGAGCUGCCAAGACAGGAUCAGGCAAAACUUUGGCUUUCGUUGUACCUGCUCUAGAAAUUUUAUACCGACAGCAGUGGACUGCCAUGGAUGAAUUGGGUGUUUUGAUAAUAUCUCCUACCAGAGAAUUGGCUUACCAGACAUUUGAAGUCCUGCGUAAAGUGGGGAAGAAUCAUGAAUUUUCUGCAGGUCUAAUCAUUGGUGGGAAG